AUGAUUUCUGAGUCAAGAGUCGAUGACGACAAAGAACAUCACAUUCGACUAGAAAGACGAGGUCGCCGUGGAAUCCUGAAAGUUGAUAACGAAGUUGAACAGAGUGGUUUGAGUAGCGGAAUACUGGCCAUGCUUAACGCUGAUGGAAACAUAUUCAUUGGAGGUGUACAUGAUGUCUAUAGGGAUACAGGCGGGCUGCAUUCCAAAAAUUUCGUCGGCUGUGUUGCGGAUGUGGCAUUAAAUGGCGAAAUUAUUGACCUUAUGGGAACGGCAAUAGAUGGGAAAAAUGUGAAACCAUGCGACGAGUGGAUUUCUCCCAGAAGGAGGCGGCUGAAAGGUCGAAGAUACGGUCUGACAUGUCAAUAA